CAAAAGUAGAUGUAGUCCGAGGUUGGUGCACCGACUAUAUCCUCCUCUGUAUCGACGUUAUACAUCUACUGCAAUUUGUUCACAAUGCCGAUCGAGACUGUGGCCGCUUCUAAUGUCACUGAAUCCAAUAGUAUCGUCGUUCAAGCUUUGCGAGUCGCACGCGAGGCGGGCGAGGCUAAUUUCCUACACGUCCGCCUCCACGAGCUGGUUCUAGGUGUAACCUUUGCCUGGGUAGUUGCGGCAUCACUUCGGAUAGCUGUCAAGAACACACUAUUGAGCCCACUCCGAGACAUCCCCGGCCCGUGGCUCGCCGGUCUAACAUCCUGGUAUGAGUUUUACUACGAUGUUGUCAAGACCGGCACCUACGCGCAUCAACAUGCUGGGAUGCACGAAAAAUAUGACUCGGCUGUGAUUCGCAUUUCUCCCAACCAUGUUCAUGUGGCGGAUCCGGAGUUCUUUCGCACUCUCUUUGCGAUGGGCGCAGCUGGAUCCCGCUUCCGGAAGGCAAAGUACUUUUAUAACUCAAUUGGGAUUUCUGCUGCCAUAGGGAGCCACUGCGAUGUCGAGGAGCACCAGAGACAUAGGUCCGCCAUGGCGGUUGGGUUCACGAGCAAGUCAAUCCAGGCCUUUGACUCGACUAUCAUCGGCUACGCCCGUGAGAUUAUGGAUAUUAUCGCCUCCCGUGGCAGCGAUGGCAGCCCAGUAGUGCUGUCGCACCACGCUCGUGCGUACACGAUUGACGUGAUUGCGAAACUCUCCUUUGGCAAGCCGGCGGGAGCGAUGCAAGAAGCAGGGCGCAACCCGCCAACUAUCCUGGCGAUGGAUGACUUCCCAAGCCAAUUCAACUUCACCAAGCAUUUUCCGUCCUGGCAGAUCGUCCUGUCUGCCUUGCCAACUCGCGUUUCCAAACGGAUGGUGCCCGGCAUGCACUAUAUACGAGAGCUUGGGACUGAGCUCGUCAGUGACCUGAUCAACGAACGGGCAAAAGAGGGCCGCUCGGACCACGAAUACGAAGAAGGAAAGGGGGUAAUCUUCGAGUGUCUACUGAAACCCAGUCCCAAAAAGAAAUACACCCCUCCAGACAUGAAUGGCUUGGUGGAGGAAGCUUGCUCGUUUCUAGUUGGUGGCAGUGAUACCACUGGACUUACCCUCCAAGCGGUGGUGUGCCUUGUGCUCAGAAACCCCGAUGCACUGCGCCGCUUACGCGAGGAACUCAACGCAGCCUCAGGGUUUAUCCGAGAUGACUUCGAUAUGCAGCGGGUGUCCAAACUUCCCUGGCUUACUGCUGUCAUCCGCGAAUCCAUGCGCCUCUACCCGGCAACCCCAGGCCCUCUACCUCGCGAAGUACCGCCGGAGGGAAUCCGCGUGGGGAGGCACUUCCUUCCCGGUGGGACCAUCGUCUCCAGUAGCUUGCUCAGCCUCCACUACAAUCCGACCCUCUUUCCCGAUCCUGAAAGGUUUAAACCACAGCGAUGGCUGGGAGAUGCGGGCGCCGAACUCGUAGAGUGGUGGAAUCCGUUUAGCCGCGGGCCUCGGUCAUGCCUUGGGCGCCAAAUUGCAUGGCAUGAGCUAACUACAUUUGUCGCCCUGUUAUUUCUCCGAUUUGAUCUUGAGCUUUACAGAUCCGAUGAGGGCAAUUUGGAGUGGACUGAGCAGAUGUUUACGAAGAUCCGUGCGCCUAUUCAGGUUAAAAUUGUGAAGGAUCGGUGGGCGUAGGAGAAAAGCGCGUUGUUAACCCUUCUAUGGGUAGCAUAAAUACUCGACAAGUAUAUCACGCAACGAACAAGUAGUGAUUGCGUCGGUAAGGUAGAGGUGCCUAGAUUCAAGUUUUAUUCCUAUCUCAUGACUCAAAAAGUAACUUCUAUUUACCUGAUUUGGUACAUGCCUGUCUUAUUAAAAUUCUUAAAGCGUAGUACCAGC